GACUUCGAAUCCGCUAGGCACUCGCCUUACUCGAUUAAAAGCGCUUGUUUCUGAGCAUUAGCCGUCCGCAAUGUGUUUACGUCGGCUCGAUGGUAGCAAGACAGAGACGUCCGCUCUCUCUCUAUAGCCGAACGGCCGAGCGCACACAGACGCGUGACGUAAGCGCUUCUUACUUGUGUUGGGGCACGAGAGCCGCGAGCCCGGUAGUAGAUAUCGCAUCACUGGUUUCAGUUAUAAUACAAUAUCUUUUACACCAAGUAAUACACAAUUUCGACUGGCUCAACUGGCUACAUAUUAUGCAAAAGAGAAUUGUGCGCCUAAUUCCUUAUAUAAGUUUAUUCCAUGAUGAAUUAUCUUUCUUCGAAACAGCAGUACAAAAUACAAGAUGUCGUCGUUUACCAAAUAGACUUCACGAUAUAGUUUGUCUGUCACGUUCCCGUGAUAAUUCCGCUGACCCUUGUUGUGGUUUGGAUUGUGCGGAUGGAGUUUGCAGAAAUCAAUUAAAUUACUUUAAAAACUUCGAAGAUGAUACGAAUUUCGAAGAAAGUAUAGUGUAUCUAUCUUUAACACCAAUUUUGUAUUUUACUCUAUUGAUUAUGAUAGAAGAAAAAUUUUUUAAGAAAUUAUUUACAAAGACGAGAAAAUUAAAGAUGGAACAGGAAACAAUGGAUGAUCAAGUGAAGAAAGAAAAACUUACAGUAGCGCUAGAAAUCAAUAAAAUUAACAGUCAAAAUAAAAACGUUGCAAAACAAGAACCCAAAGUAAAUUCUGCAGACGCCAUUAAUUCUGAGUUACUGCACAGCCCGACAAACGAAGAUGACAGUCUGUUUUUAGUAUACGAACUAAGCAAAUAUUAUGGAAAGCUAAUGGCCGUGAAAAAAAUCAGUUUUUGAGUGAAACCACGAGAAUGUUUCGGAUUACAAAUCAAAAAUUCAUUUAACUCACAGGAGCAAUAUUUAAAUCUAAAUUUUUGACAGAACGACGUCAUAAAUUGAAUGCUAAAUGAUCGCAAGUUAAACUUCCUGCAGCGCUAAACGCUAAGACCAAAGUUGUAGGCGUCGAAAAUUAAGGAGCUGACCGGGUUUUGAACUCGGAAUCCCUCGUACCACAAUCCAGCACUUAGCUUGCUGCCCCACGACAGCUCCACUACUUUCCUAUCUAAUUCGACCACCUACCAAAUAUCGAAACAAGCCUUACUAGACUUUAUACUCCUCGGUCAGCCUAACAAUACAUUCGUCCUCGAAUGUGAGCGAUCGAUGGCACUCACGAUUGUCCAUCCUUACAUCUCGGACUUCCACCAGUCAAGGCUUCCUCACUGUACCUAAUACGAACACCGAAUAAUCUAAACUGUCCCUCCUCGAGCCAGCAGAUCCGAAUCCCACACAGGGUACGCAACGAACACCGAAUAAUCUAAACUGUCCCCUCCUCAGGCCAGUAGAUUCGAAUCCCACACAGGGCAUGCAACGAACACCGAAUAAUCUAAACUGUCCCCUCCUCGGGCCAGCAGAUUUGUAUCCCACUUCUGAAAACUGUAGCCGAUCUCGCUUCCGGAGACAGAGGCCCCCCUCUCCGCCUAAUCCAGCACUACUAUAUAUUGAACUCCAGAGAUUUGCAACAAUCUACAAGUAGUAAGUCUCUCUAUUUAAAUUUUCUUCUAUUAUUGAUUACAUCUCCUCCCCCGCGGUUUCCCCUCGAUUUAAACAAUUAGACUCAGGUUGGUUUUUUUUCUUUUAUUUAUAGUGAACAAUUCGAGUUCUAAUCCUAAUGCCAUCCGCCGUUCAACCCGAAGUCGAUUUUGAGUGGUGCAAAUAAUAAGAACCUUAGUAUGCCUAACGUCGCUUGCGUCAUCGCACCUUAGAUUUAGAGUUGAUCGCUUCCGUCGCGCCGCGCGUUACUCUGCUACAUAUUAUUGAUUACAUCUCCUCCCCCCGGUUUCCUCUCGAUUUAAACAACCAGACUCGGGUUGGUUUUCUUUCUUUUAUUUAUAGUGAACAAUUCGAGUUCUAAUCCUAAUGCCAUCCGCCGUUCAACCCAAAGUCGAUUUCGAGUGGUGCAAAUAAUAAGAACCUUAGUAUGCCUAACGUUGCUUGCGUCAUCGCACCUUAGAUUUAGAGUCGAUCGCCUCCGUCGCGCCGCGCGUUACUUUGCUAUACUACGCCCACGCACACGCACACUACCGAGACAACUCACCAAUAGAGAUGACAUACAGUCUCCUCCGUCUCCCGCACCUCGACUGCCCCCCAUCUCUCCAGCUUCUUCCAUAGAAUUUCUUGAGGAAAUAAUUGCUGUACCUGCCUCUCCCGAACCAAGACCUCCAUCCUCUAAUCAACCCUUUUCCGAUGAUAUCGAUCAAAUAUUAAAUCUUUUUCCGGAUGAACUCCUCCCUCUAGAUUUCUAUUUGUUACCCACUCGUCGAAAUUUACCCGUAAGAUAUUCCACUCCACCUCCACUUUUCCGCCUUUCUCCGCUUCCUCCAGGGGUGCGUUCAUAAAGUUUACUCUUUAACUUAUAGCGUUUUCGAUUAUACAGGAUUUGAACGACCCAGGGU